GACAAUGAGGGAACUGAAACCCGCUGCCAUGUGACUAUUCAUGUGUGCUAUUGUUUUCACCUUUUGAGGAAGUUUGUAUUUCAAUGUAGUUAUCAGGAGCAUCGGGUAGUUUUAGUAACUUUUAAUCCAGUCAGGUACACAGUAAAGGUGUACAGUAGGCUGGAAACUAUGGAGCUUUCAUUUCUGUCUCUGACUCUGUUUUUCUUUACGACUAUGGCUGAGGGGGUACAUUGGCCUGAACAUGUGGUCUGUUCUUCCCCUCAUUUUCAACUAUCCUAUGCCAGCUGUGAUCCUUUCCAAGAUGUUGGAUUCACUUUAAACCCUUGCACUGAUCUUCACGUCCAAAGCGAGUUCAACAGCACAAUCUCACUUUUGUUACAGCACUCCAUUGAGGAGUUGUACCUGUCGUUGGAUCUACUUCAUGGUGACCAAAAACUUCUGCACUAUGAUGAAUACCUGUGUUUGCACCACCUCCCGCGCUUUCCCUUCUGUGGGCGAAAGAAGGGAGAGCUAAUUAAUCAUGACUGGCCUUUGAAGAUCAAGUCGAUACCUUUUAAGGGUCUCUUCAAUAUAUGGAUUCAGCUUUUGAACCAAGAUGGCUACCAGAUAGCAUGUGCAAAUGUAACCCUUAUUCAUGAUUAAUGAUUAUGACUGUAAUCAAUUUGGAGAGCACAUGGAUAAUGUGUGAAACAUUUAGUUAAAAUAUUCUACUUUAUAACUAUUGUUAUAAAUCAUUAUUGUCUAUCGUGGUAACGUUAACUACCUUAAGUAGGAACUAAUUGACACCUGUUUGUAACCUAAUUAUGUGUCAGGUGGGAGCAAUUAAGCUUCCCCUUUAAAAGGCAAGGUACUACCUGUUAUUUUACACGUGACCUGAGGAAGGCCGACAGGCCGAAACGUCACAUUAAAGACUUAUAUGUGUAA